CUUUCAUCAAUCAACGCGCUGCGCCAACAACCUCACACGUCAAUCGGCAGAAGAUUCGACAUUGACAAGAUUGGCACUCCACGCGACUACAAUGGCGCCCGUGACUAGAAAGUCCAGCAGCUUGGCCAGCUCUGACGCUUUCAAGCCCAUACAUCGCAAGGCCUCCCAGACCAACACGAACGCCUUCGCCGAUGUUGCUCGUACGAACGGCUACUCCGACUCCCAGAACGGUGAUAGCAACGCAAGCGCUCUCGUACCCACCAGCCAACUCAUUGAUCAGAUCAACCCCUUGCGCGACAUGGCAGACCGCGUUGGUCGCGAGGUAGACCAUUUCGCAGAGACUCUCGACCGUUUCAACUCGAGCCUACAUGGCGAGAACGCAUACCAAACCGCUCACGACCUGACCCUGGAGUACAAGGAUUUUGCAAGCAGCAUGGUCAAGAAGCUCAAGAAACGCCACGAUGCUCAGCGCGUCAACGAAAUGAAGAAUGAAUUCGGCAAGAGAAUUACUCAGUCUCCCAUAAGAAGCUCCAGCCUGUCUGGUGGCCCAGUCGGUCCUGUCACCCACAACGACGGCGACGACGAUAUCCCUGCCCAGACUUCGCUCGAUACAUUAAGACGAUGGCAGGUCGAACUCGAUACCUGGGAACUAUUCCGCAUCAUGCUCGAACUGCGAUAUUCGCCAGAGAAACACGCUCGUCAAGAAGAGAAGGAUGCAAGGUUAGCAGAGCUCGGCACGUCAAACACAUACACGUCCGACGCCGACAUCUGGGAACGCUUUACCCUGGACAAUGAUUCUGCAAAGGAGCGACAUUUGGUUCUCAAGUGGCUGCAGGGAGCCGCCAACCACGGCGAGAGUGACAUUGAAGCCAUUGCCGACGAGCUGGAAAAGAAGUCAGGCCGGGGAACGGGCAUUUGGUUCAACGGUUGGAUGGAAACUCGUGAGAGAAUCAAGGGAACAAAGAGAAUGCGUGUCUAUUCGACUGCUUCUUCUGACAUGCUCGAUGUGAAGCGCACCCACAGCAACGAACCCCUGGUAUCAUCCCUCGAUCCGGAUGCACCCACCCGUCAAACUCGUGUUCUGGAAAAGGCAGACGAGUACUCAGAAAGAGCACUAUGGAUGACUUGCUGGGAGAUGCUAAGGCGUGGCCAUUCAUGGUACGACAUCUGUCAGUGGUGCUCUGAGCGCAAUCAAAGCUGGCGCGCUGUCAGCAUGGCCGUCUCUACCGAUUCGCACCCGAGUGUCGCUCUUCCCGGUCUCUCGGCUGGUUCUCUUUGGCGUCGUAUGUGCUAUGCUUUGACACAACAAGGAGCUUCGGAUGAGUAUGAAGCCGCCGUGUAUGGACUACUCAGUGGAGAUCUGGACUCGGUUAAGCACGUGUGUCAGAGCUGGGAUGACCACAUCUUCGCCCAUUACAAUUCGCUCUUGAUUGGACAGUUGGAAGAAUAUCUACAAAAGAGCUUCCCGGAAAAGUUUGCAUCUGGUACAGUCACUAAAUUUCCUCUUUUCGACUCUCUAAGGCAUCAUGGGGACCAGAAGGAUGUUGCUCGCAAUCUAAUCAGACGCCUCAAUGAGCAGUCUUCGACAUCACAAGAGGCUCAGAGACCCCUGAAACUAUUGCAAGGCGCUCUCAUCGCAGACAACUUCCCCGAUCUCUGCAAGAAUUUGGCAACGGCCAUCUCCGAUGCUGCAUGGUACAAGACGACUUCGACCACAAUUGUUGCUCUACGUACAGCUGUCGCCCCAGACUCCCAAAAGGAGAGCGUCAUCUUCAACGACUUUGAUGCCCUACGUAUCGUCACACACAUGGUUCUGAUGCUGCGUGAAUUUCACGAGCCUCUCUCCAACUCAAAGUCUGAUCCCGAGGCUCUGGACAACAUCAUUGCUGCCUACAUCCAGCUCCUCCGCGCUGCAGGUAGGUGGGAGCUCACGUCAGUGUACGCAUCCAGGAUGUCCACCAUCCGCGGUACCAAGUCUCUUGCGCAGACCAUGACGGACGUACAAGAUCUUCAGGACAAGGUGCACUUUACCAAGCUCAUGGCCACGUACGGCAUGGAUCCAAUUGCCGUUCUGAUCGAACAAGCCAAGUAUCUCAUGGAAGAAGUGCUACCUAAAAAGUCAGCUGAACAGAGCAACUUGAAGAUUAUUGAGAACGCUCCCAACGAGGAUCUCUAUCCUGGCCAGAGGAUCAAGGAAAACUUCAUUAAGGAUGGCAGAGGUGGCGAAGGAAUCGCCGACCACCUUGCUGUCUUCCUCCUCAUGGACGCUCAAUGGGAUGUUUCUUUCCAGACUCUCGCGUAUGCUUGCAGGAAACUAUUGCUCAACGGGUGCUUCCAAGAAGCUUCCCGUCUUGUCCACCAACUGUCUUUCGAAAAGUUGAGUAAUGCUAAAACUAGAUCGAUCCUUGGUGUAUCUGUGAAUGUCAUGGACAAUGAUGAGAUUGCGGAACCCUCUCGAGAACAUGGUGCAAAGCUGCGUGUUCUUCAAAAACAAUGCAGAGGAUACUAUGAGCUCAACAUGCUGGUGAGGGCCAUCGAUGCUCUGAAUACUUGGAGGACAGUGGAGCAUGACUAUGCCACUAAGGAACCGCGGCCUAGCUCAUUGCCGGCGUCGGUGAAGUCAACGUUUGAGAAAACCCGCGCGGCUAUCGAGCCUGUGUUGAGCGGGAUCCUCUUGCACGCCAAAGAUGAUGGCGAGGCCGCCGACCUGGCAAAAAUUCGCAACUGGUAUCUCCCUGAGAUCGUACUUGCCUACAAUGCAGUCUUAUGCGCUGGCGCACACAUGAUCAGCCGUGAUCACUUGUUGCGAAGCAUGGAGCUGGCGAAUGAUGUCGCCAACGACAAAACUGGUCUUGCAGAGUGCUUCAUGGAGUCAAAUCGUAUGCGUGAACUGGUGGUCGCAUUCGCGCAGUCCAGCGAAACCAUGCUGAAGCUGAAUGAAAUCAACCAAGGCAAGCGCGAGAGGAAGAACAAGGCGGGCAAGAACCUUACUAUUUGGGAUCUUACGGCUUGAAGCAACCGUCCAUGGAGCAGAAGAUAUGUAUCGUACCGAGCACAAAGUCCAUGAUAGUCAAUGACCCAUUACUCUUGCAAUCUUGAAGGUGCGUUUGAGACGUGACAUUAGAAAC